AUGUCUGCUUGUAGCUGCACGGCGAGCUGCAAGCAACGUUCAACGAGGCAAUCUCGAGCUCACAAGGCUUUGCAGAGAGGCGAUGAAAGAAGACUUCAAAGAGCAGAAAUGUUGGCUGGAGCUACAGAGGCGGAAAAGAGCAUUCUCUACGCCUGUCAAGAAUUCGCCAAUAGAAAGACGAGGAUGAGAGCUCUCUCGAUCCCAAAUAGAGCAACCAUCGCAUCGAGAAGAGGAAUCGAGAAAAUGAUCCACGACUUCUGCUCUGAUCUCUUCGACAGCCAUUUCCACUUGCAUCCUUCACCAGCUGAGGAAAGAUGGACAUGUCAUUCCAGGGGUUCUUCCGUCCGAAGUUCGACGUGCUAUCAUGUCGGUGAGAAAUCGUACGGCACCCGGUCUCGACAGGAUAAGAUUGACAUUUACAAGCUCUUCACAAGAGUGAUUCUCAACAGGACUGAGAAAGUGUUAGAUGAAGGAUAG